GGGGUACACAUAGACUCUCUCAAGACUUCCAAAGAGCUGCCAACCACAACAAACAUACAGCCAUGCAGCUUCCCAAGAGGCACAAGUCAUCAUGGGUAUCCCUACUAGCCCUUGCCACCCUCGCCUGUUCAGCCAAGUCGCCCGCCUCACUCGGCUCACUCACCCAGAACCACCUCCUCUUCCCCCUGGCCGGCCUCAAGAACUGGCUGGUCCGCAGGCGCUCGCAUCGUGUGGACGAGCAACUGGUGGCCAGUUGCACGAGGAAACGCUUGGACGAUGACCCUCCAUCGACGGACCGGGUGACAGUCCAAUUGUUCCAGUGGAGAUACUCGGAUGUCGGCGACGAAUGUGAGGCCUUCUUAGGCCCGAACGGAUACCGAUACGUUCAGGUUUCGCCACCUCACGAACACAUUGAAGGGCCACAGUGGUGGACAGACUAUCAGCCGGUCAGCUACCGGAUCGGCUCCAAGAGGGGAUCCGAGGCCGAGUUCGAUAGGAUGGUUCAACGUUGCGGCGGUGCUGGGGUGGGCGUGAUUGUGGACGUAGUCCUUAACCACAUGUCCGCCGGUAGCACCACUGAAUAUCGUCGAGGCAGCUCCGGGUCGUCAUACCGGAAAUACGAGUAUCCUGACCUCUACACGCGGAACAACUUCCAUAAAUGUCGAAAGCGUGGAAAUCUCGAGAUCACCAAUUAUAUGAAUCGGUAUGAGGUGCAAAACUGUGAACUAGUGGGACUAGCAGACUUGAAGACCUCCCAGCGACAUGUGCAGGUCCAACUGAAGAGUUAUCUGACGAGACUAGUAGACAAGGGCGUCGCUGGUUUUCGGAUUGAUGCCGCCAAACACAUUCCCGCCUCCGAGCUGCUCGACAUCCUCAAGCUCAUCCCCAUCAGAGUCGUCCAGGAAGUCAUGUAUACCGGCGGUGAACCGAUCCGGCCUGAGGAAUACUCCGCCAUUGGUCGAGUUCACAUCUUCCAGGCCGCGUACGAUCUUAAGCGAAUGUUUUUGUCUGAUGGAAUCGCUUAUCUAGGUCAUCCCGUUCCUUGGGGACCUCAGUGGGGUGAUGGCUAUCUACCAAGUUCACAUAGCCAGAUCUUUGUGACCAACUGGGACCUCGAGCGGAACGAGCAUGGCAUAAGGAUCGACAAGGACCCAGGGGCAUAUCUGCUCUGUCAAGUCUUCAUUCUCACCUGGGGAUACGGCCAAGUAGACGUCUUUAGUGGUUAUCACUUCUCCGCUUAUGAUGACGGUCCUCAGGACCCGGUCGCUCAAUGUGGUCGGUUUGGCUGGAGAUGCGAACAUCGACAUCCGAUGGUCGUAGGAGCCAUCCAACUCGGGGCUGCUGCUUCAGACCAACCCGUGCACAACAUAAUAACUUCCGGCGCGCAUCGACUGGCGUUCAGUCGAGGCUCGAAAGUGUUUGUGGCGAUCAACAACGACGACUCGGCCUGGGUGCUGAGGGACGUGGUCGUGGGGUUGCCGCUCCCGGCGUCGCCUGAGGAUGCAUACCGAGAUCGGCUCCACCCCGCAGGGGAAGGCCAACUCGUGCAUCUACAGCCAGACCCCUCAUCCAGCCUCGCCCGCUUGUGUCCUCUCACUAUUGCCCCAAGAUCGGCAAUCGGAAUCAUGGUCGUCUGACAACAUCUUUUUUCGGAUGGAAUCUCCCUCUUUUUCCCUCCUUGGCUCCUAUUAUGUCUAAUGUAAACAAACACAAUCUGUGUCUCUGCUUUGUUUUUGGUUGCAGUUGGGAUUGGUCCACUGGAGUUUGUAUAGUUGCAAUGAUUAAUAUUUUGAUAUGUAGUCGAGGACACUAUGAACUUUCUUUGGAUUGUGGGUGGUAGUGGCACGAAUCUGACAAUGCUGAUAGAGA